AUGACGCUAAGAGAACGCGUCAUGUACGUCGUCCGAAAGGUUUUUUUUUUUUGCCAGGCGAAAAAACAGCUUUUGAUGCAUGUUCUUGUUCUUGUUCUGGGCUUGUGUUACGGUGAGAACGGCACCCACCCGUUGUGCUUACUAAUGCGCUCGGGGGGGUCGCUCAGAAACAUCUCAUGCUUGACUGCGCAUCGCAGUUUGUGCCUGAAUCAAUGUAAUUUUUCACAAAUUGACGUGAUAACGACCUCCCCGACCCCGACAUGUCUGCAGUUGAUAAACAUCAAUCUGGAGAAGUUCUCUAUCCAUUCGCAGCGUUCUAGUUCCGUCUCUUCGACCUUUUUCUUUUGUUUCCUCGGUCUGCACAUCAAGCGUCGCGCUCAUCGGCGUGUCGCAUCGAUUUUUGCUUUACGAGUGAAAUAG